AUGUGCCACGAUGGGGCCUUUGCUGGAAUGGCAGGGGGCAGUGGUAUCACUAGCGACGCAGAGAGCGAGGCACAAAGUGAUACCGACACCGAAUCCGAUGAAAACCAAACAAAAUGCGACCAAGACGAAACCUGCGUACCUUCGCAUGCGAAUAACUCAAAGUUCCAACUCCGCGCCAUGAUUUAUUGGUUCUCUGCCCGUGGAUGCAACACUGCAUUGAUGAACAGCAUGGAGCUGCGUGACACCAAGGUCAUGAUCAUGGUGAUCGAGGGCUCUGCCAGGCGCACUACGAAUCGCAUUCUACCGGACCGUUUCGAUACAAACAUUAAUGCCCAAAGCGAGAACCGGUUAAAUGGGGGCUUUGAACUUCACAUUGUGAAUGAAUCCCUCGCUAGGUUCAAGCUAAACUCGAACCCAAGACGCGCUGCAGAUACCAUAAUCGACCCCAACGACAUUGUGCUGAGCCAGGAACACAUCAACGAGCUUUUGCAACGGGUCAUGGAAGAUCAGAAUUCAAUGACACAACGUCAAUGUCUUGUGAUUACCACACUGAGCGUCAUGCUCUCAGACCUUAUUGAGAAAAGCCCUGAGAACAAGACAGAAGCACAGGCCAUGAUAUUGCAUCUUGUACUUCUACAAAAAACUCAGCUGUCUGAUCGGGGCAUGAGACCCCAGAAGGAUCGAAGUUCCCAAUUCUUUGAAGUGUUUGUGAGUAUAGCAAGGGCUGUCCUCACAUCCACCUGUUGGACAGACAUCAUGACAAAAAAUGGUUCAAGUUGUGAUAUUUCCGAUUGUCUCGAUGGAAAUGUGUUCUUCGCAGCCCAUGCGAUGCUGAGAGCGUAUGGUUUGAAAAACGUGCUCUGCCCAGCCACAUUGCCGUCUUUCAACACCAUCGCGUCUUGUGUGGACAAGAUUUGUGGAACGAGUCUGCAGUGCAAAACCGUGAAAAAUGAAGUCACCUCCAGAAAAGCCCCAACAGGCAAUCCGAAGAAAGCAAAGAAAAGCAAAACAGAGCAAAAGAAGAGCCCUUCAAGUCAAGCACUUGGUACUGUUCUGCCAUUCUCCAACUCAGUAUUCGAUGAUCAUCUCAAGCCUGUGCACCUCGAAGUUGGCGAGUCUACUGAACCAAAAAACAACCAAAAAGCACCAAAAGAGUUCAUAGAAGAAAAGCAUUGGCAUAAUUUUAAGCCACUUGAAGAGAAGGGAAGAACCGUGUUGACACCAAAAGAACAGCAACGUUAUCGAAAAAGGAACCAGUUCUUCAUGUCAGAGAUGGAGAAUUAUGCAGCGAGUUUCGCAGGUUCUACAGGGUCUACUUCCCCGGAAAUCAUCUUGACUGGUGCUCCCCUUAAGUCGAAUCAAAGUGUUCGCACAAAGCCUCAUCAAAAGUCUACUCCAAACAACAAUCGGUCUAGCGGCGAGGCGAUGAAUGGUCUAAACAAAAAGAAAAAUGCCCAAAACAAAUCUGGAAAUCCGGACGUCAGAGCCCUUGCGGCUGCUUCAAUUCAACAGAAGGCAACAGAAGCAGCACAGAGGCAGAAACAGAAGUGGAAAGCAGUGUACCAAGAGCAAUUUGCGUGCAUUGCUGACCUUGAGAUUCGGUUUACCAAGCUCAACCAUUACCUCUCAACGAUGUCAAAGGAAAUAAGAUGUGUGCUAGAGCCUGAUGCUCUGUUGUGUCUUAUUCAUACCUUGGUGCAGUUGAUUUUCAUCGAACGCCAAAGUAUAGACGAAAACAGACAUCUUUUCAUCGUGACGCGCAUCUGGGAAAUCAUUUCUCGCCUGAUCAAGAUAAAGGAAGGAAUUUCUACUGAUAUGUUGCAUUAUGUCAAUAAAGUAUGUCAGAUGCUCGGGUUGCCUUCUGUUCAAAUCGAGCUUCAAUCCAAGGAGCCUUUGUCUUUCAAACCCUUCGAGCCUCCAACGGAAUUUAGUAUGCGCAUCGGGAUCUCCCCAGUUGAAUUUCAACUUUCACACGGUGGUCAUUGCAUGGAGCGUACAAUUGAAGCUUCGCCUGAUCCCCGAACACCUGACUUUGACCCUGAUCUCUGGCAGCGAAAAGUUCUGGACCAAAUUGAUCUCAAAAAGAGUGUUUUCAUAGUGGCUCCAACCAGUGCAGGAAAGACGUUCAUCUCGUUCUAUGCAAUGAAACAGAUCCUGAAAGAGGACGACGAAGGAAUCCUUGUUUAUGUUGCACCCACCAAAGCUUUGGUCAAUCAGAUUGCAGCCGAAGUACUUGCCCGGUUUUCCACAUCAUACCCACCAAAGGCAACCGGAAAGUCAGUCUGGGCCAUUCAUUCACGAGAUUACCGCAUCAACGACCCCAAGGGCUGCCAGAUUCUAAUCACAGUACCGCAUAUUCUUCAAAUAAUGUUGCUCGCUCCAACCAACGCCAAUGCAUGGACCCCUCGGAUCAAACGAAUAAUCUUUGAUGAGAUUCAUUGCAUUGGUCAAGCCGAAGAUGGUGUUGUCUGGGAGCAGUUGUUACUCCUGUGCCCGUGUCCAAUCGUGGCCCUAUCAGCCACGGUUGGAAAUCCUCAGGACUUUUAUGAUUGGCUACAUCUCACACAAAAAGCCAAUGGAUUGGAUCUGGAGAUGAUUCAACAUCGCCAUCGGUACUCGGAUUUGAGGAAGUAUGAAUACCAAACACCGGAGACCUUUUCCUUCAAGGGUUUCUCAUCCCCAAUUGGGUUACCCCGUUUGGGCUUGGAUGAGACGAAGGAUAUGAGAUUCAUACACCCUGUCACAAGCCUUGUCGAUCGCUCCAAGCCAAUGCCCGAUGACCUGGAUCUUGAGCCCCGUGAUUGUUUGAUGUUGUGGAAAGCAAUGAACAAUCUUCAAACGGAGAAUUUCCCAAUGAAAGCUUCUCUAAACCCCUCAGUCUUUUUCUCGGAGAUUGUGAUAAAGAAAGCGCACAUCAUUGAAUGGCAGAAACAGCUCAAAACUCUAUUGGCAGAGUGGAUGAGAGAUCAAGACUCUCCAUUCGACCAGCUUUUGCUUGAUCUGGGAGCACCAACAUCGGAAUCCAUGCCAAAAGAGGCAGAGAAACUAUCCAAGGCCCCAAUCCAGUCAACUGAUGGUGAUGCCAGUCUCAUCUACGAUACGCUUCCUUUGGUGUUCUCGCUGCACUCCCAGGGCGCCCUGCCAGCCUUGUUCUUCAACUACGACCGCAGUAAAUGCGAAUAUCUGGGUCGCAACUUGUUGGAACAACUCCAAGUCUCCGAAGCCGAAUGGAAAGCGGAGAGCUCAGUGUGGAAGAAGAAAGUGGAAAAAUGGAACGCAUGGAAAACUGUCCAAGAUGCAAUGAAGAAAAAGACUUCAAACAGCACGAAAAAGAAAAGAGCUGGGAACGAUGGCGAUGACGAUGACGAUGGACCAGGAUCCAGAGGAGAUCAAAUCAAGGAUUCGGCCUCCAAAGAAUCCACAGAAUUCGAGAGAUUCAACCCCGAGCAGCCUUUGGAUAACUUCAACCUUGCAGAUUCAAGGAAAGUUGGGCCCCAGGAAUUCUCCGAACUUGCGAGUGAGUUAAAGGCACGCCUUGUACCCCAAUUCUUGAUAGACGGCCUGGAGCGCGGUAUCGGAGUUCAUCACUCUGGGUUGAAUCGCAGAUAUCGCUCUGUUUGCGAGAUGCUUUUCCGCAAAGGGUAUUUACGUGUCGUUUUUGCCACUGGAACACUGGCUUUGGGUAUCAACAUGCCUUGCAAGACGGUCGUGUUUUUAGGUGACUCAAUCUAUCUGACAGCUCUCAAUUUCCGACAAGCGGCUGGUCGAGCAGGACGUCGUGGAUUUGAUCUUCUGGGAAAUGUGAUCUUCCAGGGUGUUCCAUCCUCAAAGGUGCACCGGCUCAUCAGGUCAAGACUUCCCGACUUGAGUGGUCAUUUCCCAAUAACGACAAGUCUUGUUCUACACUUGUUCAUCCUCCUCCAUGGAUCUAAGCAAGCUGGGUCUGCGAUCAAGUCUAUCAAUUCGCUACUAUCAAGCCCGCGGAUCUACCUAGGAGGUUCGCAGAUGAAAGAGACAGUCCUACACCACCUCCGUUUCUCCAUUGAAUAUCUCCGGCAAAACAGUCUCUUGGAUAUGAAAGGCGUGCCUUUGAACUUUGCAGGCUGUGUCUCGCAUCUAUACUACACCGAGAACUCCAGCUUCGCUUUCCACGCCCUGCUGAGCUCUGGAUAUUUGCAACAGCUGUGCAAAGAAAUUGUGUCAUACCCCAAAAGGACAGUCCUAAAUCUCAUGCUGGUGAUGGCACAUCUUUUCAAGCGACUUCCACUGCGACCGGCAGUAUUGGAACGGUACCAGACCGUGGAGAAGAAACCGUCCUCAAUCGUGGCUCUCCCUCCACUGCCCAGUGGAGCAACGAAAAGUUUGAGGAAACACAACAAGAAGGUGCUUGAGAUAUACACAGCAUAUGUCUCUAGCUUUGUGGAUCAGCAUAUUCAAAACCCAGACUGUCAUCUUCCGUUCAGUGGAAUGAAAUGCGGCGGGGACAAGUCUCUCGCUGAACUUGGGUUCCCAAAAUUCAACCAAAUCUCCCCCAAGAUCGUAUCCCCAUUCUAUGCUCUAUCAGGAAAUGGUGACAAAUGUGCUACGAUCUCUGAUCUCUGCCAAAUGAUACGGAGUGGAGUGUGGAUUGAAGAGUCCGUUAUUCCGUACUUGGCUGCAUCUCCGAACAUCAACGCCUACCUUUACGAUUUCUUCAAGCAUGGCAAUGUUUCACAGCUAGAGAGCGCCAAUAGAAUUCGCCGUGGAGACAUUUGGUUCCUGCUGAAUGAUUUCUCCUUGGUAUUGUCGACGAUCAACGCCAGUCUACGCGCGUUUCUUGAUCCGACAGGGAAAAUGCAGACCGAUCAGUCGAUAUAG